CUUUUCCCUUUUCAUUGGCUUUUGUCUCCCUCUGCUGGACGUUGUACGAACAUUCCCAUUCAGUUGUACGGUACUUCUGAACGCGCACGUGUUGUGAUGUGUUUGCAGCCUUGAGGCGGAGAUGUCACUGCACGAUUAGGCACUGCCCGGCCUAUGUCCCAUUGCCGUGAUGCUCAGCCUGGUUCCGUGCAGCCGCCGUGCUGUGGGAUCCGGACUGAGGUGCGGAGGCCCCGGGCCGCCUCAGUCCCACCCCCCCGUGACGCCGCUCCCAGCCCGAGCCAAUCCGCUGUGCCCGGCACAUUCAAACGGGGCGGGAGGAAGGAGCGAGCCGAGCUCGGGGCGCACGGAGGGGAAGAGAAGGGUUCUGUGAGAAGAAGCAACCAAAUAUAAUAUUUUAGGAAGUUGUUGUAUUUACUACAGUCCUAAUGUUAACUUGUUUGAAGACAAAAUGCCUGUUUACACAGAUUACAUAAGAAAGUCCUCGAAGUCACCACGUUCUACCCCUUUGCAGAAUGUUUCUUCACAGAAUUCCUUUACCAGCAGCAAAAUGUUGGGGCAGCAACUGGCAUCGCAGGUGUCAGUGGAAGACCAGGACAGUCUUCAUUCACGUUCCCAAAAUAAGUCUGAGGAAGUAAAUAGGACCUAUGUGAUCUCAGCCUGUAAAAAUGGGGAUGAUGCAUCACUGACACCGAAACCUCGGGACAGAUUAAUGCUCCAGAGGAGAACUAGAACGGGCAAAAGCUUGGCAUCAAGUAGUGAACAGUCUGGUAAAGAUACACCCCAGGGCACAGAGAAUACGCAAGUGGAGAAAAGGCUUACCCUGCAGAGGCGUGUAAAGAGUGGUUCUAUAGAAAAGAGUAAAAUUAAUGGGAAUGCUGUACCUGGAGCAGAAAACAGCGUCUCUGAUGCAGAAACAAAACACAAGAUUGCACUUCAACCCAAUAUUUGUAAUGAUACCCAUUAUAUUAAACCAAGCUGUAAGUUAGCUGAGGGUCAGCAAGUUACAAAGUUGAAUUAUAAGUCCAAUAGCAAAGAUUUGUUUGAUGUUGAAAACGAUGGCUGCACGCGCUCAAAAUGUACGAUGAGCGGUGCUGAUGCAAGGCUUCAAACAGAAGCUCCUGUGUCAGAGCAACAAGCUGCCUCAAACUAUGUUGAUCGGAUAUCAGGAGAGCAGCUGAAUGAAAAAGGUGAUAUAAAAAGAAUGGCUGCAAGGCUACGGUUACAACAAUUAAAGCACAACAGCUUGGAAAGACCAAGAACACCGACAAAAGCUUGGACAGAAGAAUUUAAGCUUACACCAAAGAACAGCACUUAUCAGGUUAAGUCAUCUCUACCUGCUUCAAGCAAACCAACAGCUAAUCUUCCAGCUGUGUCAGAAAAGAAAACAAGCUCUCCUCCUGUGGGUAGAAGUGCAAAAGCAGACGAGAAUGCUGAAGCUCUAGCUGAAAACAACAGCAGUGAGAAAGAUAUUUUCAAAGUAGAAAACAGCAAAGUCAUUGUAGCUGUGCGUGUGCGGCCUUUCAGUAGCAGAGAGAAAAAGGACAACUUGCUCCCUGUAGUAUCUAUGAGUGGAUCAGAGACGUCUGUACGAAAUCCAAGCACAAACCAACUUUACAACUUUAGUUAUGACUUCUCCUUUUGGUCCUUUGACAAGUGUCAUUCAAACUUUGCAAGCCAAGAAAUGAUUUAUAAAACGUUAGCAUUGCCGCUUCUAGAAAGAGCUUUUGAGGGAUACAACACUUGUCUUUUUGCUUAUGGGCAGACUGGUUCUGGAAAAUCUUACACGAUGAUGGGCUUUGAUGAAGACCGAGGAAUAAUUCCAAGACUUUGUGAAGAUCUUUUCACUCGAAUAGCGCAGACAAACCAGCAACAGGUCUUGUAUCACCUUGAAAUGAGCUAUUUUGAAGUUUACAAUGAGAAAAUCCAUGAUCUCCUUGUCUUUAAAGCUGAAGGCAGACAGAAGAAACAGCCACUUCGUGUAAGAGAACAUCCGGUGUUAGGACCAUAUGUGGAAGACCUAACAGUGAAUGUUGUCAGUUCUUACUCAGAUAUCCAGAGUUGGCUUGAACUGGGAAAUAAGCAGAGAGCAACGGCUGCUACAGUAAUGAAUGACAAAAGUUCUAGGUCUCAUUCGGUCUUCACUCUUGUUAUGACACAAACCAAGGUAAAGUUUGUGGCUGAAGAACAACGUGAUCACAGACUUACCAGUCAUGUAAACCUAAUUGAUUUAGCUGGCAGCGAAUGCUGCUCUACAGCUCAGACCACUGGAGAAAGGCUGAAGGAGGGUGUGAGUAUUAAUAAGUCACUAUUAACCCUUGGAAAAGUUAUUUCUGCGCUCUCCAAGCUGUCUCGAAAUGGAAAGAAAACUUUCAUUCCUUACCGGGAAUCUGUCCUUACCUGGUUACUAAAAGAAAGUCUUGGUGGAAAUUCACAAACUGCUAUGAUUGCCACAAUAAGUCCAGCUGCCAGCAGUACAGAAGAAACACUCAGCACUCUUCGCUACGCAAAACAAGCUUGUUCAAUUAUCAACAUGGCUAAAGUAAACGAAGAUGUGAAUGCCAAAUUAAUCAGAGAGCUGAGAGCUGAAAUCGAAAAACUGAAGGCAGCACAGAAGAGUGCUCAGAACAGGGAUCCGGAGAAAUACAGGCAUUAUUUGCAAGAAAUAACAUCCCUGAGGAUAAAAUUGCACCGACAGGAAAAGGACAUGACAGAAAUGCAAAGGGCUUGGAAAGCAAAACUUGAACAAGCAGAAAAAAGAAAACUAGAAGAUAUAAAAGAAUUGCAGAAAGCAGGAAUUGCAUUCAGAAUGGACAAUCGUUUGCCAAACCUUGUCAAUCUGAAUGAAGAUCCCCAGCUUUCUGAAGUGCUGUUGUAUAUGAUUAAAGAAGGAAAAACUACAGUUGGAAGGUAUACAGCCAAUUCAAAACAUGACAUCCAGCUUUCCGGUGUGUUAAUUGCUGAUGAUCACUGCAUUAUAGAAAAUACUGCUGGCCAAGUAAGUAUUAUUCCACUGAGAGAAGCGAAGACAUAUGUAAAUGGAAAAUGCAUUGUAAACCAAACAGUUCUGCAUCAUGGUGAUCGAGUGAUCCUUGGUGGAGAUCAUUACUUCAGGUUUAAUCAUCCAGUAGAGGUUCAGAAGAUUAAAGGGCCGUCUUGUGGAACUACAAUUUUGCAUGAUGGUCCUAAAGACUUUGAGUUUGCAAAGAAUGAGCUGCUUGUUGCACAGAGAGCACAGCUUGAAUCAGAAAUUGAAGAGGCACGACUCAAAGCCAAGGAAGAAAUGAUGCAAAGUGUCCAAAUUGCAAAAGAGAUGGUUCAGCAAGAACUGACGUCACAAAAAGAAGCUUAUGAAAGCAAAAUAAAGUCACUGGAAGCAGAGGUGAGAGAAGAAUCUCGUAAGAAGCAAGUGCAAGAAUUGAACAAUCAAAAGGCUGCUAGUAAAAUACAGGAAUUAGAGAUGGCAAAGCAAAAUCUUGAGCUAGAACUGCACUUCAACAAGAAGCGCUUGGAAAUGGAAGCCCUAGCUACUAAGCAGGCUCUGGAAGAUCAUACUAUUCGUCAUGCAAAAAUACUUCAAGCUCUAGAAGAUGAGAAACAGAAGAUUGCUGAAGAAAUUGAAAGCCUUCAGAAGAAUCGUGGAAGUGGGAAUAAAGCUAUGAAUACUGCUCUUAACUGGAAUUCUUUGAAAUUAUCUGUGAUGAUCAAAGAGGCCAACACCAUUAGUAAUGAAUUAAGGAAAAACACUGUUUUUAACAGGCAUGAGAAAAUCGAUGAUAGAACAGGAUCGGUUUCUUCUGUUCAAGUGCAGGUUCGUAACCUGAAACUGGGUAUAGCAACUUUCUGGAGCCUGGAGAAAUUUGAAAGCAAACUAGCAGCGAUGAAAGAACUCUAUGAGAGUAAUGAUAGCAAUAAAGCUGCUGAUGUAUUUUAUGACCCUGCUGAUGAAUGGGAACCUGACCUUUCAGAUGCCUCAGUUUCUUCACUUUCCAGGAGAAGUAGAAGUUUCAUGAAGAACAAGAGAAUUUCUGGAUGUUUGUCUGGUAUAAAAUUGCAGCCAAUCCAGAGCACAUCAGCAUCCUAUAUAUCAGGUGCACAGGAUAAAUCCAGCAUACACCCAAACUGUUUUGAUUCUCUUCUUCCUGGAAUUUGCAAAGAAUCUAUAAGUUCAGCCUUAGAUUUAUUGGAACAGAAUGAUGAAGGAGGAAAAAGCAUUGCAGAUCAUCUGCUGAUUAAUUUGUUUACAAUUUCUUCUGGAGUUUCUGCUAUUUCUAAAGCCUACGAACAGCAAGAUGAAGAGUGUCAAAAAAAUUUUAUCUCUCUUGACCACGAUGCUCAGUCCUUCAGCAUCAAAAUUACCUCUGCUUUUGACCAGCUUGUGGUACUGACCAAGACUUGGCUUAACAAUGUGCAGAAGUGCGCUGGAUCUAUGAAGGUUGAUGAAGAAAUAAAACAGGAAGUAAAGAACUUGGGAGGUUAUUUACAGUUACUGUUGCAGGGCUGUUCUUCAGAUAUAUCCUCAAUGGUAACAGAAGCCCAGAGCAAAGUCAACGAAGCAGUAAAACAGGCAAUGAAAUGCAUAGGACACCUGGCAGUGUUCACAGGAACUGAUAUUUCCUUUUUUGAAGAGAACAGUAUUCCUACAAUCAUUCUACAGGACUUCCUACACGCUGUUUAUGAUGGAGUGGGCUCAGGGCUGGAGUUGCUUACAGAUGCUAUACGGGAAAAAGCAACAAUGAUGCAGAAAGAACUAGUGAAACAAGUUCCACAGAAUGAGAUCCAAAGCCAAAUUAAGGAUAAUGCUGCAGCUUUAGCCAGGUUCCUUGAAAGUAAUGUCUCUCAUUGCGGAAAGGUAAGAAUACAAUCUCAGUUACCAGAAGAAGAAUGUCUGUAUCAGGAAAUAAAGAGAAGCUCUAACAUUGCUGCAAAAUAUUUGGAACUAGAGCGGUGUCUAUCUGAAGUCCAUCAGAUCGUUUCUUCUACCUUACAAGGGUCGUUCAGAAACACGAGCCUGCUGAGGAGCUUUGCGGGAGAGAUUUCUAUCAUAGCUGGUUAUUUGAACAAUUAUUUCAGUUUACUUGCAUUGUCUUCUGCUUCUGCAAACAAUCCUUUCCAGAGAACACCUGUGCCAUUUAUGAACUUAGAUGAAUUGGACUCUCUUGUUGAUUCACUUAUUUUGAGUUUUGAACUUGAACAAGGACAGCCAGAACCAAAAUCUCAGGUUGCUUGUAAUGGAACUACUGAGACUGAAGGAAGACAAGUUGAAAUGGGUGAAGCAGAACUGCCUGGGAAACAGAAGGGAGUAGCAAAACACAUAUAUAAGCUCCAGUCGCCACCUGUACUUCCAGGGGAGCUCUCACCUGAUAGGAUGAUAGAGUGGGUAUGAAAUACUGCUAUCAGGAAUUCAGGGAAAUGUAUUUUCUUUACAUGAAGUGAAGGUAACAUAUUACUGAAUGCUAAUACGUACUGCUAGUAUUGGUUAGUAAAUGGUAUGAAAAUGAUAACUUUAUUGUAUUAUGUUAUGUGUGCCUAGAAUUUCCCAAGGAAAAAGAAAUCUAAGACAUUGUUAGAAUUUGAAAUAUAGCCUUUCUUUUAGUAGAACAAUAAUUUACUAUAAAAUAAACUUACAAGAAACAAUUAAAGACAAAAGUUUGGGGGAAAAAAGCCAUGAAGAACCAAAGAAAAUAGCACCAAAAUAGAACUUGGAUAUGAUGUGAAGUAAGAUACUAAAAACUGUUGGGGAAAAACAGGAAACAGUAUAAGCAUGUUAGAACAUUGUAUUUUAUGCCUUUGACUUGGGUGCUUGAAGGAAGGAGUAAUGGCAGUUAAGAAUGUGGUAGAUGAUGCAGGUGCCUAUUUUUAUUUUUUCUUAACGUUGUUGCUUCUCUGCAUUAUGAUCUACUGGUGCUGCAGCAACUUGAAAGUGUUUUUUAUGCCUUUAAUUUUUUUGAAAUACCAACUUCAUUUAAAAAACAAAAAACCAAAAACUUUUAUGCUUUGUUUAUAGAGGGAAAAGAGUAAAUAACACUGCCAAGUAUUUCACAAAUCCUUGUUUUUAGUGGUUUUGUAGUCUAUUUUGUCUUAAAGUAGAAGUGAUAAUGGUCUUCAACUCUGAAGCAAGUUUGUGUUGUGUUGCUGGAAGUUAUCUUUGGCUGCUCAACUCACUUUGAACUCACUGUUCAUAAUGAACUAGAAGCAUAGCAUUUACUAAAUAAAAUGCAUGUCAUCCUGUGAGGCUGUGGAGAGUUGCUCUGAAUUGCACAACCUCCAAGUAAAAGAAGAGCGCGUGUAUUACAGGCAUAGGACUAGUUAAGGUUCAAGUUUCACACUUACAAAGUGAAAAAUGAAGCAAAAAUAGAAAGUAUCUGACUAAAUCUAUGCACAUCUCUGGCUGUCUUCCAUGAAUGUUCUGUAAAUUCAGGUGACUCUGACAUGCUCUGGAAUUAUAACAGAACUCCCAUUGGUAAAUGUGGAAGGGUUUCAUCCACAUCACUGAUUUUAAAACAUCGUAUUCUACUGCUUUCUAGACAUGUGUUCGAUUAGCUUGCCAUCCUGCCUCAUUCUGAGGUAUAAUUUCUCUAGAUAUCUAUGUUGUGUUAUGGCCUGGACUUAACUGUGCUACUUUUUAAACUAUUUUAAAGACUGUCGCUGUUUGUUAUACGUAAUUAUUUCAUAUUCCUUUGUUACCAGGAUGUGAUUUGUUAAAAGGAUAGGGAACACACUUACAUCUUAGUCCUUCUUGUGGGUUAUUUCCUGCACUUUUACUUAUAGAAUGACAGGAGCAAUAGAAAAAAUGGAGCUAUGCUAGGCUAAAAAAAAAUGGCAUUCCCAAUCAGCUGCUUCCUCGUGCUUUUUCCCCAUAGAUAUUCCUUAACCAUUGACCUUCAGUCUGCUUGUUGGAGUCAGUGAAAACUAACAGCAGAAAUGAAAGUGUUUUAGAAUAUUUAUUCUUUAACACCAGAUUUCAGGAGACCUGGCCUUAGCACAUCAUACAACAGUGCUAAGAAAAUUAGGAUCUGAAACGUAAAUAUAUUCCUUUAUAUCAAAGCUUGGAAGCCAGAUAUUCAUGCCUCUCAUUUUUACUUCUGAGGGAAAGUGCACAGCAUCUUGAGAGUGCUGAUUUUUGAGAACAGUUCAGGCUUUCAGAACUAUUUUCUAUGAAUGGGCAAUAGUGAAGAGAAUCAAUCAUUCUUUUCCUUUGAGAAUUAAAUGGCUGUUUGCUGUUUUUGCACUUUUCUGCUUUGGAGGGAAAUGCAAUCAUGCGGAUCUAGUAAUGACUUAUCCAAAGGCUAGGGAACCUUAAUACUUUGUACAAAAAUGUCCUGCAGUGCUGUGCUAUCAUCAAAAGUAUUUAUCGGUAUUUAUUGUGUCUGCUAAUGUCUUUCUCACUUAAGGUGCUGUGUUGCUUAAUCACUUUCUUCCUGUAAGUCCCUUAUUAGAUUUUCAGGGGCUAACAAAGUGUAUUGAGUUCUCCAGUUUUUGUACUUUGAAUGCAGAGGAACUUGGUGUACGUGUACUUGUGGAAAUGUGUAUUUUUGUAUUUGGCUGAAAGCUUUUACAUACUGUAACUGAUUUUUCUGAAUCAUUUACCUUUGUGCUAAUGCUGUAAAGAGUGAUUGUGUUAACUUAUGGUUUUUACAACCUUAAAUGUAAAUUCCUUGUUGUUUUCUUCUGUAUAAAGUUGCUUUUGAGACCUUG